CAACACAAAUGGUACAGCUAUGUUGACCCAUAUCUCUUCAUCUGUUCAUAAGACCCAUACAAGCAAGCAACCUUGGAAGUUUUGGCUUAUAUUCUUCGGAGAGUACUAAAGGUGAGGUUCUGAUUAUUGUGUUCAAUGCCUGGUUUGGCCAUGGAUGAAUUGAAUGCAAAUAGUGCAGCAGAGGAACCCAGUGGGAGUUACACUCCCCACAAGGAAAACUUUGCUCAACAAGCAUCACCAAGGAGUACACUGAGUCCAAGAAGCAUUCAGAGUGAUUCAAUUGAUUUGGCUAUUGAUGGGGUGGUGGAUACCUCAAUUGAGCAAUUGUAUCACAAUGUGUGUGAAAUGAGGAGUUCUGAUCACUCACCCUCCAGGGCUAGCUUUUACUCAUAUGAUGGUGAGUCCAGGAUUGAUUCAGAACUGGGCCAUCUUGUUGGAGACAUUGUGGAUUUGGAGAUCACAAAGGAGGUGGUUACAGAGAAUAAAGAGGACUUCAAUGCCAAUGCUAAUGGGACAACUCAUGAGAAAGAUGUUGUGUCAUCUGGUAAAGAACCUACAAAGAAGUAUAAUAGUAACCAAUCCUCUCCAGCCCCAAUUGAAGGAUCAUCCAAGGCAACUCCUAAGAGGAAUGAAAAGGGUGCAAGAAAAGCAAAUGGUGUUCACCACAUGAGGAAGCAUAGGAGGAGCCUUGGUUUGAAGGGGAUUGAGGAGCGAAUUGCUGCAGGGUUAGAUAAUCCAGACUUGGGACCGUUUUUGCUCAAGCAAACAAGAGAUAUGAUCUCAUCAGGUGAGAAUCCUCGAAAAGCGCUUGAUUUGGCUCUUAGAGCUUUGAAAUCAUUUGAGAUUUGUGCAAAUGGGAAACCAAGUUUAGAAAUGGUCAUGUGCCUGCAUGUCUUGGCAACUAUAUACUGCAAUUUAGGACAGUACAAUGAGGCCAUUCCAAUUCUUGAGCGUUCCAUUGAGAUUCCUGUGUUGGAGGAUGGCCAAGAUCAUGCACUGGCCAAGUUUGCAGGCUGCAUGCAAUUGGGAGACACUUAUGCAAUGAUGGGGCAGAUUGAGAAUUCUCUGCUUUUUUACACAGCAGGCCUUGAGAUUCAAGGCCAGGUCUUGGGGGAAACUGAUCCGAGAUUUGGUGAGACGUGCCGGUAUGUGGCUGAGGCUCAUGUUCAAGCAUUGCAGUUUGAUGAGGCUGAGAAGCUGUGUCAGAUGGCUCUUGAUAUCCACAGAGGAAAUGGUGCUCCUGCUUCAAUUGAGGAAGCAGCAGAUAGAAGACUAAUGGGACUUAUCUGUGACUCAAAGGGUGAUUAUGAGGCUGCUCUUGAGCAUUAUGUUUUGGCAAGCAUGGCAAUGGCUGCAAAUGAUCAUGAAGCAGAUGUGGCUGCAGUGGAUUGCAGCAUUGGUGAUGCCUAUUUGGCGUUGGCGCGUUACGAUGAGGCAGUGUUUUCUUAUCAGAAGGCACUCACUGUCUUCAAAUCAACCAAGGGAGAGAAUCAUCCAACAGUUGCUUCAGUGUAUGUGAGGUUGGCUGAUCUGUACAACAAAAUAGGGAAGUUCAAGGAGUCUAAGUCUUACUGUGAAAAUGCACUCAGAAUUUUUGGUAAGAUCAAGCCAGGAAUCCCCUCAGAAGAGAUUGCUAGUGGUUUGAUAGAUGUUGCUGCUAUUUAUCAGUCCAUGAAUGAUUUGGAGAAGGGGUUGAAGCUGCUCAAAAAGGCCUUGAAGAUAUAUGGCAAUGCUCCUGGCCAACAAAGCACUGUUGCAGGAAUUGAGGCCCAAAUGGGGGUUAUGUAUUACAUGCUAGGGAACUAUUCUGACUCUUACAACAUCUUCAAGAGUGCCAUUGCCAAAUUUCGUGCAAGCGGGGAGAAGAAAUCUGCUUUGUUUGGGAUUGCUUUGAACCAAAUGGGCCUUGCCUGUGUGCAGUGUUAUGCUAUAAAUGAGGCAGCAGAUUUGUUUGAAGAGGCCAGGGCUAUUUUGGAGAAAGAGUAUGGUCCUUAUCACCCAGACACCUUAGGGGUCUAUAGCAAUUUAGCAGGAACCUAUGAUGCUAUGGGAAGAGUGGAUGAUGCCAUUGAAAUGUUGGAAUAUGUAGUUGUGAUGAGAGAAGAGAAGCUUGGAACAGCAAACCCUGAUGUGGAUGAUGAGAAGCGUAGGUUGGAAGAGUUGUUGAAAGAAGCAGGCAGGGCCAGGAACAGGAAAUCAAGAAGAUCAUUGGAAACUCUCCUUGAUACCAACUCUCAGCUUAUGAAAAACAAUGGCAUUAAGGUCCUAUGAAUCCGAGGCUGUAUAUAAAACAAGAUGAGAUUAACUGGUUUGGUUGGUUAUUUUGAUCAUUGUUUGCAAAUUUGGCCAGGAAAACAAUAACAAAGUGGAAGCAGGUUCCACUUCAUAUUGUUUGUUACAAAAGGAUUUUCACAGAAUUUACUUUAUAUGUCUACUUUAUUUUCUAUAGUGAAGAGGAAAUUUCGCUUAUUCAAAUUUUUCCUUGUAUAAUGAAAUUUAUUAUAUAUAUGGUGGAAAUUCAAAUUUC